AUGCUGGACUGCAGCGACUAUGUUCUAGACUCAAGAAUGAACACUCCGUCAGAAACCAGUAAACCUGUAAAAAUGGAGAGCGGGGAUGGGGACACAGGCACACAGACAAAUGGGCUAGACUUUCAGAAACAGACUGUGCCUGUUCCAGGGGCAAUCUCUACAGCCCAGGCAUUCCUUGGACAUCUUCAUCAGGUUCAGCUCCCUGGAUCAAGUUUACAGGCUGCUGCCCAGUCCUUAAAUGUACAGUCUAAAUCUAAUGAAGAAUCUGGGGACACUCAGCAGCCAAGCCAGCCUUCACAGCAGCCUUCAGUUCAGGCAGCCAUACCGCAAACGCAGCUCAUGCUGGCUGGAGGGCAGAUUACUGGGCUUACGUUAACACCAGCCCAGCAGCAAUUAUUGCUACAGCAGGCACAGGCACAGUUGCUGGCAGCUGCAGUGCAGCAUUCAGCCAGUCAGCAGCACAAUGCUGCAGGCGCCACCAUCUCAGCUUCUGCUGCAACGCCCAUGACACAGAUUCCUCUAUCUCAGCCGAUACAAAUUGCACAGGAUCUGCAGCACCUGCAGCAGCUCCAGCAACAGAAUCUCAAUCUGCAACAGUUUGUCUUGGUGCAUCCGACAACCAACUUGCAACCAGCACAGUUCAUCAUCUCACAAACACCGCAGGGGCAGCAGGGUCUCCUGCAAGCGCAGAAUCUCUUAACGCAACUACCUCAGCAAAGCCAAGCCAACCUCCUGCAGUCUCAGCCAAGCAUCACUUUCACCUCUCAGCCAGCAACCCCAACACGCACAAUAGCAGCGACCCCUAUUCAGCCACUUCCACAGAGCCAGACAACACCAAAGCGAAUUGAUACACCCAGCUUGGAAGAGCCCAGUGAUCUUGAGGAGCUUGAGCAAUUUGCCAAGACUUUUAAACAAAGACGGAUUAAACUUGGAUUCACUCAGGGUGAUGUUGGGCUCGCUAUGGGUAAACUGUAUGGAAACGAUUUCAGUCAAACUACUAUUUCUCGCUUUGAAGCCUUGAACCUCAGCUUUAAGAACAUGUGCAAGUUAAAACCACUUCUGGAAAAGUGGCUCAAUGAUGCAGAAAACCUCUCAUCUGAUUCAGCUCUUUCCAGCCCAAGUGCCCUGAAUUCUUCAGGGCUGGGGAUUGAGGGCUUGAACCGUAGGAGGAAGAAACGCACCAGCAUAGAGACCAACAUACGUGUGGCCUUAGAGAAGAGUUUCCUGGAGAACCAAAAGCCUACCUCGGAAGAGAUAACCAUGAUAGCUGACCAGCUGAACAUGGAAAAAGAGGUGAUCCGUGUUUGGUUCUGUAAUCGGCGCCAGAAGGAAAAAAGAAUUAACCCACCUAGUAGUGGUGGAACCAGCAACUCGCCCAUCAAAGCAAUGUUCCCUUGUCCAACUUCAUUGGUGGCAACUACACCAAGCCUUGUGACAAGCAGUGCAGCUACCACUUUGACUGUCAACCCUGGGCUCCCUUUAACCAGCGCAACUGUAACUAGUUUGGCAGUCACAGGCACUACAGAAACCAUCCCCAACAACGCAGCAACCGUAAUUUCUACGGCACCUCCAGCUUCUUCAGCAGUAACGUCACCCUCCCUAAGUCCUUCUCCUUCUGCCUCCGCUUCCACAUCUGAGGCAUCCAGUGCCAGUGAAACAACCACGACACAGGCAACCUCCACCCCCAUGUCCUCAGCACUUGGGACCAGCCAGGUGAUGGUAACUGCUUCUGGAUUGCAAACUGCAGCAGCAGCUGCACUACAAGGAGCUGCACAAUUGCCUGCAAAUGCAAGUCUGGCUGCCAUGGCAGCUGCAGCAGGAUUGAAUCCAGGCUUGAUGGCAUCUUCCCAAUUUGCAGCUGGAGGUGCCUUACUCAGUCUCAAUCCUGGGACGCUAGGUGGUGCUCUCAGCCCAGCUCUGAUGAGCAACAGUACAUUGGCAACUAUUCAAGCUCUUGCAUCUGGUGGUUCUCUUCCAAUAACAUCGCUGGAUGCAACUGGGAAUUUGGUAUUUGCCAACGCUGGAGGUACACCCAACAUUGUAACUGCCCCACUGUUCCUGAACCCUCAGAAUCUUUCACUGCUCACCAGCAACCCGGUUAGUUUAGUCUCUGCAGCUGCAGCCUCCGCAGGGGCCUCUGGACCAGUCGCCAGCCUUCAUGCCACCUCCACCUCAGCGGAAUCUGUCCAGAACUCUCUCUUCACAGUGGCCUCAGCCAGUGGGGCUGCUUCUACCACCACUACUGCCUCCAAGGCACAGUGAGUUGGGCUGAGUUGUGCUAACCCUAGCCUGUUUCAUGCUGCAGUGAAAUUGGCUGCCGGCUGGGCUUCUGAACUGCAAAUUGUGAUUGGCUUCCUCAUGCCGUCUUACUGGGGACAAGGGAGAGAAGGAAAAAUAUUAGAAACAGGAAAAAAAAACAGCAAGAAAAAGAAGGAUUUAAAACUGGGACAAACAAUUGCCUAAUUUUAUAAGAAACACUGUCUUUUCAGGAUUGCUUCAUUGAUUGGAGAACUUUCUAACCAAAAAUGUAAAAAAAAAAAAAAAAGGACUACUUAUCAUUUCCAGCAGUCUCAGUGACAAGUUAAGGUGGGUUAUCAACUCAAACAUAGGAAUGGGUUUUCUUUUCUUUUUUU